AUGCCCCAACCCACGCAGACUACGGGACUUACCCUUGAGGAAGUUGAGCAGGCCGUUGCAACUUUGGUCCCAUACUUGCAGGCAGCAGGAGCGCGGUUCAGCAUCAGCGGGGGAGCAGCAUCACUGCUCAUUCGAAGGCAUCAUGGUGUGGCGGCCCGUGUAACCGAAGAUAUCGACCUGGUUGUUCAACCCUCCGCCCGGGUAACCGCCGAGUCCAUCUCAUCCUACCUCUUGCAGGCCUACCCCACAGUUUUUGUCGGCAAAGAGUUGUAUGGUACCAUUAUGCCCGCUCUUGCAUUUACCCGCCCAGAUGGAUCAGUCAAGCACGUUGAGAUCGAGAUAUUCGACGUCUCUGUCUGGCCACAGCGUCCGCAAUAUAACCUGGAUGAUCCAGCCAACGAGGUUACUACCCUGUGUGUCUUGGGUGUGGAUACUCCGGUUUUUAGCGCCCGCUGGCUCAUUCGAGAGAAGAUCGUGACGGCUUUUGAGCGACGCGGAUCAAGGAAAGAAGCCACGGACCUCGACGAUGCUAUCGCUCUUCUGAAUCUUGUGGAGGAUAACAGCAUAGACAUGACCAAUUUCGAGGACGCAGUACGACAUAUAUAUUCAAGUUGUCCUGAAGAUCGCCAGAUACUAGAGCUGAAAAUUCAUUGCCCAAAUGUUUUGGGCGAAUAG